UGCCCAAAGAAAACGGACAUUUUGACGGCGCCCAAAGGAAGUCGAAAGUGAUAAAGUCGUUCAACAAUUUGAUCGGAUUUUAACAAAUUAUAUAAUUUUGUCUGGAUAAUCUUGAGCCAUACCACACUAGGAGUAGUUUUUAUUUAAAUUGAGAUCUUCAGAUGGAGGAUCGAGAUGUUGGGCCAAAUCCUUCAAUCUUUGGCACAUACUCUCCACAUCGUAGUAGCAUUCGGUCUGUAGCAAACAGCUCCAUAUCCUCCUACCAAGACUUCCCACGCACUACUGUCUAUCGUUCCGAAGGCAUGGCAACACCCAAGGGCCCAAAUGUACCUCAGACAAACAGCAGAGCUGUGAUCUCAGCUCUAAAAGGCCUGCAAGAGAAAAUUCGCAAGCUAGAACUCGAGAGGACAGAUGCAGAGGACAACUUAAAGCGCCUUGCCGCAGAGUCUAAGCACUAUAAAGAGGUGCUGCAGAAGGAGCAGACCGUGCGCUCAGUCAAUACUGGUGUCAUCAGCAAGCAAAAUGAAGCCUUGCAGGAUGAUCUCCACGCUGCAGAAGCCAGAUGUAACUUACUGGAGAAACAGCUGGACUAUAUGCGGAAGAUGGUUCACUCAGCUGAGCAUGACCGCGACACAGCAGUUCAGCGGUCUGCUGUCCUCGCCCAGCAGAUAACACAGCAAUCUGCUGAAGAGAUCAAAGGGCAGCUUGGGAAACUUACUGGACUCGAACGAGAACACAUGAAGUUGACAGCAUCACAUUCGCUAGCAGAGGGUAAAAUUCGUGAUCUUGAAGAGAGAUUAAGAGAUGAAGCUCAUCACAGAAAACUUCUGGAAGACAGAACAGCUCAGCUACAGACUGCAGCAGAAACCAAUAGAAUUAUGAUGACAGCUUUGACCCCGCCUUCACCCAAACACAAAAAGAAGAAGAAAAAAAAGUUAAAAGCCAAGCCCAUCAGACGUCCACCAGAGCCCCAGGGCCACUACCGACUCAAUCUGGGAACAAUACCCUUUGUUGUUGGCAAGUCCGCAAGCAAGUCGCACUCGGUCGGCGCCAACAUCCAACAAGCCUUGCAUUUACUCAAAGGACACAACCCGCCCCUCUGUGAUGCAGUCUCCCGCGUCCAGCGUCAACACAGGCGGCCCGCAAGUGUCACCAGCUCAAGUGACUCGGACUCGGGCCUCGAGGAGUUACUUCACGGUUUGCAGGAUGAAUUUGGUCACAUGAGCUUUGAGCACCAAGAACUUGUUAGGCAAAUUAACGACACUCUCGAACCCCGUCUACGCGAAGACCUAGAACGAGAACUAGAGCAACUCGUCGCAAAAAUGGAAGCAAAGGGAGAGCAAAUCGCUAUGGUCAAACGGCAACAGACAAAACACAACGCUCCACAGAAACGAUUACAGGCUCGACCGCGGUCAGCGGUUAGACCCAAAAGUACAAGCGCGGUCAUUCCAUCACAUGGCGGACAAGUGGAAAUUAUCACGACAGUCAAGACAAAAGGCGCGAAAACGGAGGUCGGAAAUCGGAUAGAGAGUCGGCCAGGUGUUAAGGCUAACGAGAAACGCAAAGUUUUACAAGGAAUGAAGAAUUUACAGAGUUCACUAACAAAGGAUGAUUUACAUUGGGACUAAAAGUUAACUGCGAGGAAGGUGGUUAAUGACUUCACGUAAAUCGACGGUCGUGGCCCAAAACGUCACAAACUUGAAGAGGGCUUAAGCGACGGCGACGACUCCUGUGACAACAAAAACGGAAAGCAGCUUAUCAAUUCUGAAAUAGCAUCAUUGAAAUAGUAGAAGAUUUAAAUCAGAAACAAUUGGAAAGAGACUAAAAUAAUUAUGUCUACAGUGCCGGCGAUCACACCAAUGCCUUGGAACCGGCAAACGGCUGAAAAUUAUCAGAACGCAAUUUCACGUUCUGCUAUUUAAUUCCAAAUACAAUUCUAUUGUUUUCUCUCGUCGCCCGUGAUAUCGUCGUCGUUGCUUAAUGUCCCUAAAAAAUAAUUUCAAGUCACAAGUUGUUCUCUUGUGUUGCGACCAACCAGAAGCGUGAGGCUAAUAACUCGUCUCCAGUCUCUCACUCAUCACUCCAAGUAAGGGACUGGGGACGAAGCAACUAGUAUUGUAACGCGCAUUGUGAAAUGUUUUCUGUAUCACAUUCUCCAUACAUCUUUAGUGACAUAUUUUAUCAAUAAAAUAUAUAUUUUACGAUUCA